AUGGAUCCGAAGCAGGGCUCGUCGCACUCCGGCGAGCGGAAGAACCUCAAGCGGAAACUGGCGGACUCCGCGUGCCCCUCAGGCUCGGAAGACAGCGGCGCGUUGGCGACGGCAGAGGUGCAGGCGCACAUCGCGGUGCUCAAGGGGUCGCUGACGUGGCGGGAGGCGGAUCGAGUGGCGGCGAGGAAAGCGGCUCAUGCGAUAGCGGAGCUCGCGAAGCACGAGGAGCACGUGGACGCCAUAGUGGAGGAGGGUGCCAUCCACGCGCUCGUGCCGCACCUAUCAGCGCCGGCGGUGGAGGAGGGCGACGGGCCAAUCGCGUGCGAGCACGAGGUCGAGAAGGACGCCGCUUUCGCGCUCGGCCUGCUCGCCAUCAAGCCCGACCACCAGCGGCUAAUAGCGGAUUCGGGCGCCCUCACCGCGCUGGUGGCGCUGCUAAAGCGGCGGCCAGGCCAACCGUCCGCGGCAUCAGCAGCAGCCGCGCCCGCUUCAGCGCCAACCGCCCUCGGGCUCGCCCCCGCAGGCACCACAGACGGCGCAGCAGCAGGGGGCGCGCAUGUAGGCGGGGCAGGGGGAGCAGGCGCGGGGGCAGGCGGAGUGGGGGCGGAGGGGGGGGCUGGGGCGAGCCCUGCAGUGGCGCGUGUGGUGAAUGGCGUGGUGCGGCGAGCAGCAGACGCCAUCACGAAUCUGGCGCACGAGAAUGGAACCAUCAAGAGCCGAGUCAGGGCGGAGGGCGGAAUACCACCGCUGGUGGAGCUGCUGGAAUCGCUGGACCCCAAGGUGCAGCGUGCGGGGGCAGGCGCUCUCAGGACACUCGCCUUCCUCUCUGCACUCUCCCUCACUCUGGCGGAGGGCGGAAUACCACCGCUGGUGGAGCUGCUGGAGUCGCUGGACCCCAAGGUGCAGCGCGCUGGUGCAGGCGCUCUCAGGACACUCGCCUUCAAGAACGAGGCCAAUAAGAACCUGAUAGUGGAGUGCGGAGCGCUGCCAACGCUCAUCUUCAUGCUGCGAUCGGAGGACACGGGCAUCCACUACGAAGCGGUGGGGGUGAUAGGCAAUCUGGUGCAUUCCUCGAUGAACAUCAAGAAGCUCGUGCUGGACGAGGGCGCGCUGCAACCAGUCAUCGGCCUGCUCAGCUCGCGGUGCACGGAGAGUCAGCGGGAGGCAGCGCUGCUGCUGGGGCAGUUUGCCACCACGGACCCCGAGUGCAAGGUGCGCAUAGUGCAGAGGGGGGCAGUGCGGCCGCUGAUCACAAUGCUGGAGGCGCCCGACCCGCAGCUCAGGGAGAUGGCCGCCUUUGCCCUCGGCAGACUGGCGCAGAACGCGGACAACCAGGCGGGCAUAGUGCACGACGGGGGGCUGCGGCCGCUGCUGGAGCUGCUGGAGUCGAAGAAUGGCAACCUGCAGCACAACGCCGCCUUCGCGCUCUAUGGGCUCGCAGAGAACGGGGACAACGUGUCGGAGGUGGUGAGGGAGGGGGGCGUGCAGCGGCUGGUGGAUGCGGAGCUGAUUGUGCAGGCCAGCAAGGACUGCGUGCAGAAGACACUCAAACGGCUGGAGGAGAAGAUGGAGGGCAAGGUGCUCCGGCAUCUGCUGUACCUGCUGCGGCAGUCAGACAAGAGCGUGCAGCGGCGCGUGGCGGCAGCGCUGGCGCACCUGUGUCCCGAGGGGCAGCAGCGGGCCAUCUUCGUGGGGGCGGGCGGGCUCGACAUUCUGCUCGCCAUGCUCGCCUCGCCGCCCUCGCCCCGCCUGCAGCGCGAUGCUGCUGUGGCCCUGCGCACACUCAGCAAGCGCGCCACCACUCUCAACCCCAUCGACACCGCGCCGCCUCCCCCCACGCCCCAGGUGUAUCUGGGGGAGCAGUACGUCAACUGCCCCACGCUCUCAGACGUCACCUUCCUCGUUGAAGGGACGCGCUUCUACGCGCAUCGAAUCGCCCUGCUCGCCUCCUCCGAUGCCUUCCGAGCCAUGUUUGACGGCGGCUACCGACAGGAGGAGAAGGAGGCCAAGGACAUAGAGAUCCCCAACAUCAGCCUGCCUGUCUUUGAGAGCAUGAUGAGGUGCAUAUACACGGGGGCGGUGGAGGUGCGGCCAGAGAUGGCACAGGACCUGCUGAGGGCGGCGGACCAGUACCUGCUGGAGACGCUCAAGCGCCUCUGCGAGCACGCCAUUGCGCAGGAUCUGACGGUAGAGAACGUGGCGAAUGUAUACGAGCUGGCGGAGACGUAUCAUGCGCAGUCGCUGCGGCAGAUGUGUGUGCUGUUCGUGCUGGACCACCACGAGCACAUGUGCAACCUCCCCGGGUACAAUGCACUGCUGCAGCGCAUGGUCCCAGAGACACGUGAAUACAUCUCCCGUGUGCUUCGGCCUCGCCUGCCCUGA